GUUGAAACUGACCUCAAUGGUCUUUCAUGGGGAAUGAGUCAACAGGCUGAAUGACAAUGGAGCAGAUUUGCGUUGAUGUAGACCGUCCUGAAAAAAAUGAAGAACAGUGCAUACAUCAAAAUAAAACAGACCCCGGUAGUGCAGAGGAAAAGCUAAUCACCUCUAAUGAACACUCACGGAAACCAUGGAAACAUGCCCGGUCACGGAUCAGAGAGUGUAUGCUGUAUGUGAAGAAGGCUAUGGUCUCUUUGGGUGGCAUGGAGUGGUAUUGCUAUGCCCUGUUAGGGAUCCUCACCGCUCUAAUGAGCUUCUUCAUGGACAUGACGGUGGCCAAGUUACUCAACGCUUACAAAUGGCUGUACGAUGGUCUUAAGGGUCACCGUUUGCUGCAGUUCCUAUGCUGGGUGCUUUACCCAGCCUGUGUCUGUGCCCUGUCCACCAGCUUCUCCCACAGCAUCUGCCCGUCCUCUGCAGGUUCUGGUGUACCUGAGGUUAGGUCUAUUCUUCUAGGGAUGGACAUGCCAGAUUACCUGUCCCUCUCUAAUCUGUUUGCUAAACUGGUUGGCCUGAUAUGCACACUAGCUUCCGGCAGCACAGUGUUUCUUGGCAAAGUGGGUCCAUUUAUCCAUUUAUCUACCAUGGUGGGUGCAUUCAUGAAUCGUCUGCAUGCUUCCUGUAGUGGUGGAAAGCAGAGAGUGGCUAAAGGAGAAAUGCUGGUUGUGGCAGCAGCAGUGGGCGUCGCAAGCUGUUUUGGGGCUCCAGUUAGUGGUGUUCUGUUCAGUAUAGAGGUGUUAGGGACUCAUUAUUCAGUCAGAGAUUACUGUCCCUGCUUCUUUGCAGCAGCUUGUGGAUCAAUUACCUUCAGGCUGCUGUCUGUUUGUAGUAGGGAUCAAGAAACCAUCCAGGCCCUGUUUAAAACCAGCUAUCCUGCAGAGGUGCCUUUCCAGCCAUUUGAAGUAUUCAUUUUUGCACUGCUUGGACUGAUCUGCGGGGUUAUCAGCUGUUUUUACUUAUAUUGUCAUCGCUGGGCUCUGCGUUUUGUCAAGAAAAACAAACCCAUCAGCAGCCUUCUGGCAACAGAAAAGGCACUUUAUUCAGCCAUUGUGGCAUUUCUCCUAGCCUGCUUUACGUUUUAUCACUCAGCAGGACGUUUCAUAGCUGCUGAGCUCACAAUGAAGCAGCUGCUUACUUCCCUGUUAGACAGCACUUCAUGGUACACAAUUUCCCUGAAUGCUACCGGGCUGCCUGAGCCUCAGAACACAUUUUGGCAGGCAUGGAACCCACCUGGUGGAAGUUACUUCCAAACACUAGGAUUUUUUAUUCUUACGAAGGUUGGGCUGUUGGUCGUGGCUUGUACCUUGCCUUUACCUGCUGGCUACUUCAUGCCAGUAUUUGUUUAUGGUGCUGCUGUGGGGCGUUUUGUGGGAGAGGGCACUGCCUAUCUGUUCUCAGAUGGAAUCACAGCAAAUAGUUUGAUAAACCCAGGGGGCUAUGCUUUAGCAGGAGCAGCAGCCUACUCUGGGGCUGUGACACACACACUGUCUCCUGCCCUAUUGGCUCUUGAAAUGACCGGGCAGUGCACUCAUGCAGUCCCCGCCCUGGUUGCUACGCUGCUGUCCUACGCGGUUGCCCGUGCAAAGCACCGUCCAUCUUUCUAUGAUGGCAUAUCGCUUAUUAAAAAGCUCCCGCACUUGCCAUCGCUCAUCCGGGCUUGUCCAAAGUUGGCCCAAGUUCAGAUCAAGCAGUUUGUGAUCCCAGCAGGAGCUGUGCUAGAGAAAGCUGAGAGAUGGACAAAUGUGCAGCAAAUCCUAAACACUAGCACAGAGACUGAAUUCCCUGUAGUGAACUCUCAUGAAUCCCCCACUCUCCUGGGUACAGUCAUCAAAACACAGUUGCAGGUCUUUCUGCAAGAGCAUAGAAAUGAGGAUUUUAGUAAACAGCUAGAAGAUGUAUGCUCCAUUCGACCUGUUCGGCUACAACUGACUCCUGAAACUACUGUAAAGCAGGCCCAUUGUAUCAUGUGUGUGACGGGCGAGCAGCAUUUGUUUGUGACCGAGAGUGGGCGGCUGUGUGGCGUCAUCACAUGGAAAGAGAUGAAGAAAAUAAUCGAAGAGAUGGCAAAGGAAAUCUGAUGCAAGGGGGACAAGAUCAGAUGGCAUUUGAGAACAGACAUCAAUUUAUACUUUCCACUUAAAAUCUCUUCAUUUUAAUAAGCAUACUUAAUAUUUCAUCCAAUGGUAAUGAUGCUUGGAUCAUUACUUGGAGAUCAAGUAAUAAUUAUUCAUAGUAAAAUGAUGAGGAGAUGAAGGGUAAUCUUAUUAAAUUAAACAGCAAUUUAGUAGGGUACAACAAGGUUAAAGGCUCCUCAGUGUAAAGGCCCUUUUGAUUUUAAUCUCUCCCUAAAUAUUAAAUAGCACCAAACACCACCACAUCACUUUCCUGAACAUCCGUUUGUCACUAGGCACUGUGAAAUUUUCCUAUGGUGUGCUGUGCCAGAAGCUUACUUUUUAUUUUAUUUUUUACCUUUUAUGGAUUUAAUUAAAAACACUUCUUGUCAAUUAUUUUCUCAUAAAUUGUGUUGCUCCAUCAAUAUUCAAUAACAAAUAUGUAUAUUCAACCAAAAAUUACAUUUCUGUCAUUAUUCAAUUUAUUUCCAAACCCAUAUAAUUUUCUUUCUUUUGCAAAACACAAAAGGAGAUGUCAGGCAGAAUGUUUAGUCUCAGUCACCAUUCACUUACAUUGUUUGGAAAUAAUGUGCAAUGAAAGUGAAUGGUGACUGGAGCUAACAUUCUUCCUAACAUGUCCUUUUGUGUUCCACUCAAGAAAGAAAGUAAUUCAGUUUUGGAACAACUUGACGGGAACUAAUGACAGAAUUUAAAUUUUUUGGUGGAGCUAUGUUGCACCCCUCUGUUGUCAGUCUCUAUUCAGAAAAAGUCACUGGGAUGGUACAUUUUAUGUAUCUCGUUUAGGGUGCAUAAUUGUACCCUAAGGACCUAUUGUGUACCUUUCAAUGUACAUUUAAAUGAACUAAAAAACAUACCUUUUUGUGUCCUUUAGAGUACAAAUAUGUACCCAAAACUUGGGGACCACCCCAGUAACAGACUGAUACACGAAACAGUACUUUUUUUUCUGAAAGUGCAUGAGCUGUAGGAACUGAACUAAAGAUGUUGACUGACUUUGAAACUGACCUGUAUAAUAGAUAAUUUACAUGUAUAGUGUUCAAAUGAAAUUCAAUACAUUUGCAAUCACAAUUAUUCAACCCCACUGACAUUCUGGUGAUGUGAAUUAAAACACAUCAAUUAAAACCUCAGUAAACAGUCAAAGUUUUUAAAACACUUUUGAGUGAUUUUGAGAACAAAGAGUUCAGUUUACCCACAUUUUAAAACAAAAGAUAAAAAUGAUCUCCAUAAAUGUCAUGUCAAACAUAUUCAACCCCCUAUAUUAAGUCAUUUGUGGAGCAUCCUUUACCCUUAAUAGCAUCAAAUAAAUGUUUCAGGUAAGU